UGAAGGCAACAUCAGUCAGCAUCAUGGGAGUCAUGUGACGUCCUAUCAUGUGGUGCGUUCACUUCCUCACCAAUUUGCUCCAGAGCAGAAAGACCACUCUGCCGUAUCAUGUCGUCGUCUUAGUUAGUCUGCACCGACAGAAUCCCCCGCAGAAAACAUGUUAUUUCUUGGUAAAUCUGACCGAUGCUCGCCUCUGAAGCUGGUCCUUUGGUCGGUGUCGGUUCUGGUGUGUUUGUCGGUCCGGUCCGGAGCCGAGGAGAACCCGUGGUACCAGGACCUCUGCAGUUAUAAAUGGGAGGCCAUAGACCAGGUUAAUAAAGUCGGCUACACGCUAAGGCUUUGUGAGUCCUCACCGUCGACCAGUUGUGGCCCCGGCACCGCCGUCUGCGCCCGGGACCUCAACACCAAAGCUGCCCAGUCUGUGGGUGAGUACAGCACACUGGCUUACACUGGCUUACACAGCAAAGGUGUCACAGUUUCACCCGACAUCUCUUUGCAGCCAGGUGUCGACAUCAUGGCAGUCUGUUAGAGAAAUAAUAGAUUCAAUAUAGAAAUGUAACAGGAGCAGAACAGACAUUUCCAUUCAAAUCCAAUAUG